GGCUUAUUUAGUUAGCCAUCUGAAAAUAUUCUACGGGGUUAAAGCGGAAAAACCCACAUUUCUGAAAGCGACGACGUUUAUAGGAGCAAACUGCCGUCGCCGGUGACAUAAGCGUGCAUGGAUCGGCAGAGCCAGACCACUUCAUUGCAACGACUGCAAAACGUCGAAAAGAAAAUUGUAAGGGUGUUGGAGCUAGCUGGUUCGGUGAUGGAUGAAAUGGCAAACCCUAGUGGGCCCAGAAAGGAUCUUGUUAACAGCCAUUGCACUGAGUUCAUGCAAUUAGUGAAGGAUACUCAGAUGACGCUGCGGGAGGAAAUUAAAAGCGCCUGUGAUUAUCGUCCGUUUGAGAAGUGCGACUAUGCUCCUCGAAUAUCGAAUGAGAUUUCGUGCAAGAAACUGGAACACGUCAUUGCACAGUUGGAUGAGAUGAAACAAUCGAUUGAGGAAUAUGGCGAUGCAGCUUGAGGUUACACAUUGUGAAUUGUAAGUAUGCUUGCACAAUGUCUUAAACCUUUUGGUGAAAUUUAGGAUUUUGGAUGCUUGUCUCGUGUUUCGACAGCAUUGAUCCGUGGAGAUGUAAGUUACUAAGUUCUGUUGAAUUUGGGAAACAUGUAAAAAUCUGGAAACAGGCUAAGUUUUCAGGGAAUUUGAAUAUGUAAUAACAUGCAUGUUCUACUGAAGUGGAGUGUGUUCAUAGUUUGUAGCAGAUGGCAUCACAAAUUCACAUGAAAACUGUUUUUACUCAGAGAUUAUUCAUGAAUCUUCUCUGUUUUUAA